UCCAGUCCCGCUACUUCCACAAUCUUUCUCUCUCUACAAAAAGGUCGAACGCGCUUUCUCUCUCUCUCUUGGAAAUAAUUUUCUCUGCUCACACUUGUGUUGGCGUUUGGAGGCUUCGGGCAGCACUUUCGUUGGGCGCUUUCGUUUUGAGUAGCUUCGUCUUGUUUGCCUGAAUUUGUGAAUUCUUGGGUUUGAGCUACUGUAUCUUUCUACAUCUAGUCUCCUCGAUUUUUUUUAAUUAAUCUCGAUUGGAGCUCGGGAUUUUGAAUUAUACAUCUAGGGUUUUCUUUUUGGUUUCGGCUGUUAGCUGUUACAUUAGGGUUUCUUGAGUUUGGUUCUUGUUGUAACUGGAAGUUAAUAGAAACUGUUUUUUCGAGGCGGGUUUUAGCUGCUGUGGAUUGUUUGGAUAUCUGAGGAUUGGAAUUGUAUCAAGGUAACUGCGCUUGGGUUUAACUUUUUAUUAAUGGUGAAUUUUAUUAGUUUUUCUUGUAGAAACGAUGUUCUAUGAGUGUAAAUUUGGGUUUUUGAAGAGAGCGUGAAUUAAGUGGGCAGAUUUGGAUUUUGGGGCUAUACCCCCCUAAAGGAAUUGCUGCUUUAAGAUUAAUGAUUUUGUUUAUUUGUCUCAAUUUGAAAAUUUUAGUAUGGACCAGAUAAUUUCACUAAUUUCCGAAGUUGAAACUGAACUAAAUAGCAGAAAGUAAAUUUAAAAUUACAGUAUAAUUUAUGGAUAUGAAAUCCCCCAAUGAUUCCAUCUUCUACACGUUUUAGAGAUUGGAGAGAGGACAUGAAUGCAAAAUUUUCCACUAUGGUUUAUGCAGAGUUCAAUUGAUUGCAUUAGGGGGUACAAUAAUCUGAUUUAGUAGACAGAGACUAUUCUGAUGGCUAAGAAGGAUAGAUUCCCACCUGGGUAUUCUGCUACUUUUGCCCCACAUUAUGAAUCCGAGGGAUCAGGUAGCUCAGGCCACAUUGAUUCGACCGAGGAUUCUUCAGCACCCAUGAGGAAAUGGGUUGAUUUGAAUUCUGCAUCAAGAGAUGGUUUUGCUGUACCCAUACAAACUAUACCAUUGUCCAAGCUGUCGACAUUUGAAAGAAAGAAUUUGGUGCUACGCUUGACAUCAGAGCUCGAGCAGAUUCGACUUCUUCAAAGCAAAGUUGAGUCACGAAAGGAAAAAAGGGUUAGUGCUAUUACGAAGUCAUCUUCUAGUGAUAUACUCAGUUGUAACAACAGCCAAAGGAAAGGGGCACAACUGGGUAAUUUGAAGAAGCCUGCUGCAUUGGGUCCUGGGCCAGGGAAAAAGGGUGGGCGUGCAUGGUCCCGCGGUAUAACAGGAAGAUUUGAGUCAGUUGCUAAUCAUGCGAGACACGAGAAUGCUAAUGCAGGUUUGCUUAAGCAGUGUGAAAGUUUGUUGAAGAAGUUGAUGUCACAGCAAUAUGCUUGGGUGUUUAACACCCCUGUUGAUGUGGUAAAAUUGAACAUACCUGAUUACUAUGAUAUUAUUAAGAAUCCUAUGGAUCUUGGGACCAUAAAGGGCAAACUCUCAUCAGGGAAAUACUCAAGCCCGUUAGAUUUUCUAGCUGAUGUCAGGCUUACUUUUUCCAAUGCAAAGACGUAUAAUCCCCCUGGGACUGAUGUCCAUGUUAUUGCUGAUACAAUGAGUAAGUUUUUUGAAUUGAGAUGGAAAGCUAUAGAGAAGAAACUUGUAGUAAAUACAACAUCCCAGUCAAUGCCUGAAAGAUCAGCAAUUCCUGAGGAAACUGAAAUAGCUAAGCCAUUGGCCCCUGCAAAAAAAAGGAAGCUUAGUCCAGUACAGCAUGAAGUGCUGCAAGAACCCAUUAAGCCAAAGAUGACAGAGGAAGAGAAGCAGAAAUUGGGGACUGAAUUGGAAAAUUUGCUUGUGGAUCUGCCGGACAGCAUCAUUGAAUUUUUGAAAGCACAAACUUCAAAUGGUGGUAAUGGUGGAGAGGAUGAGAUUGAAAUCGAUAUUGACGAUCUUUCGGAUGAAACCCUGUUUACUUUACGAAAGCUGUUAGAUGAGCAUUUAAAGGACAAGGAGAAAAACCUUGCCAAAUCUGAGGCAUGCGAGAUCGAGCUGCCUAAUGUAUCAGGUCUCAGCAAUUCCUCACUACAAAUUGACAAAGGAAAUAAUCCUAUGGAUGAGGAUGUUGAUAUUGGGGGGAAUGAGGCUCCUGUCACCAGUAAUCCUCCAGAUUUGGUUGGUAAAGAUGCAGGGGGAAGAGCUGAAGAAUAUAAUGAAGCAGGUCCAGACUCUGAUGGAGGAUCUGAAUGCUCCAAAGAUUUAUCACCUGCAAAGCAAUUGCAGGAUGAUGUGGAUCAGACAAUAUCCGAUAAAGAUCAAGACAAAGAUGAUCUAGUCAAUGGACAUGUUCCAUUGUUUGCAGAACCAAUUUCUGGGUCAAGUCAGCCUGAUCAGAUUUCGCAACAGAAGUCACACUCGAGUGAUGGCGAUGGUCUACUGGAUGGCGAGAGUGCACAAACUGAAAGGCAGGUCUCCCCAGACAAAUUGUAUAGGGCAGCUCUUUUGAAGAACCGUUUUGCAGAUACAAUCUUAAAGGCUCGGGAGAAAACACUCGGCCAGGAUGAGAAAACUGAUCCAGAAAGACUGCGACGUGAAAGAGAGGAACUCGAGAAUCUUAAAAAGAGAGAGAAGGCUAGAUUGCAAGCAGAAGCAAGAGCUGCUGAGGAUGCUCGGAGGCAAGCUGAAGCGGAAGCUGCAGCUGAGGCCAAACGAAGGAGAGAGCUUGAGAGAGAGGCGGCUAGAGAAAAGUUGCUGAAGAUGGAGAAGACUGUUGAAAUCAAUGAGAACUCCCGGUUUCUUGAAGACCUGGAGAUGCUUAGUGCUUCUGCUCCCGAGCAGCUUCCGUGUUAUGUAGAAGAUGAUAUUAGCCCAGAUGAAUCGCAGGAUGGAUUUGGGAGUUUCAAAUUCAGGGGCAGUAAUCCCUUGGAACAACUUGGAUUGUACAUGAAAGAGGACGAGGAUGAGGAGGAAGUUGAGCCUCCAGCAGCAGCACCACCACUAUCACUCCUGAGUGGUGAACCCGACAAUGACAAUGACAAUGACAACAACAAAGCCACGGAAGAUGUCGAGGAAGGAGAGAUUGAUUAGUCUCUAUAGUUAUGUACUCCAGAACGGAUGGUUAUAAAGUUGCAAUGUAUGAACAUCCUAUGUAAGAUUAAAACCCCCCAAAAAAAUGAAAAAAUAUUAGAAAUUUAGAGAAAGAAAGAAAAAGAAAAAAAAAAAAAAAAAAGAGUAAAAAUAGAA